AUGAUUCGUCCAUUAGAUGAUACUACUGUAAGACGAAUUUCAAGUGGUCAAGUUAUCACUAAAGUAGAAGAUGUAGUUAAAGAACUGGUCGAGAAUUCUAUCGAUGCAGAAUCAACUUCUAUCGAAGUUAAAUUAGUUGGUGACGGAUUAACUUCCAUUACCGUUAAGGAUAAUGGUGUAGGAAUUCAGGAAUGUGAUAGACCAGCUAUGGCAAUGAGAUAUCAUACUUCAAAACUUUAUAAAUUUGAAGAUUUAAACAUUGUGGAAACUUAUGGUUUUCGAGGUGAGGCUCUUAAUUCAAUUUGUGCUGUGACAGAAUCGACACAAAUAAUUACAAAAACUGAAAAUGAUCCUGUUGCAACUCUUUACACACUUGAUCGUUCUGGAAAGAUAUUGGAUGAAAAAUCAAUGGGAUCAAGUCCGGGAACAACAGUUAUAGCCGUAAAACUAUUCUCAAAUAUUCCAGUUAGAAGACAAGUAGCACAAAAAAGUACUUCAACAGGAAAAAAUGUUCAAAAUAUUUUAAUAACUUAUGCAUUAGCGCAUCCACAUAUAAGAUUUUCUUUAAAACAAACUUAUGAAAAUAAUUCAAAAAUAAAAUUUAAAGAGGGUGAUUGGAUACAACCUGCUAUGAAAAAUACGAUGGAUGCUAUAAUAAAACUUUUCGGUAGUGAAUUAGCUAAUGAUGUUCAAUUUUGUGUAUGGAGUUCAGAUGCCGAAUUAAUUGGAACCUCUGAAAAUGGGAAUGUUGAUGAUGAUAAUAAUAGUAAUAAUCUUAAUAAUACUCAACAAUUCAUUAUUACCCUUGAAGCUGUUUUGCCAAAUCCUGAUGCUGACCCAUACAUAAUUUUCAAAAAUGGGAAAACUUUUAUUUAUGUAAAUAAUCGACCCGUGACAACAAAUAGAGGAGAAACAAAAAGCCUUGUAUCAAUGGUAAAAUCCGUUUACAAUGAAAUUGCACGUCAGAAUGGAUGGAAAGGUAACAUCGUAAUAGUAAUGUUGGAUUUAUGA